AUGGUUUCCUCCCCGAUACUCACCCUGGCCCUUUGCCUUGCUUUCUCGUUUUCACAAGCCACAUCAUAUCGAGUGGAAGACGAUCAGAGAGUACUGGCCCACCAGCCCACAAACAAUGAUCAGCCAAACAUCAUCUUCGUCUUGACGGAUGAUCAAGACGUGCGAAUGGACUCGCUGUCGUACAUGCCACAUGUUCAAGAGCACUUGAUUCACCGAGGGACACUCUUCGAGAAGCAUUACUGCACUGUUGCCCUGUGUUGUCCGUCACGAGUCAAUCUCUGGACUGGCAAAGCAGCACACAACACCAACGUGACUGAUGUCGGCCCGCCACACGGAGGAUACGAUAAGUUCAUCCGGCAGGGUUUCCACAAGGCAUAUCUCCCCGUCUGGCUCCAGGAUGCCGGCUACAACACCUAUUACACGGGUAAAUUGCUCAAUCAUCAAAAUAUGAGGAAUUACGACUCGCCUUUCCCGGCCGGGUUUACCGGGUCCGACUUCCUCUUGGAUCCUUUUACCUACGAAUAUCUCAAUGCCACCUUCCAGCGAAAUCAAGAUCCUCCAGUCAGCUAUGAGGGUCAAUACUCGACAGACGUAUUGGCGACAAAGGCGUUCGACUUUCUGGAUGACGCCGUGGCUGCUCAAAAGCCCUUCUUCUUGACAAUUGCACCCAGCGCGCCUCAUUGUAAUAUCCACUACUGGAAAGCCUUCUUCUCCGACCAUCCCAGGCUCGAAGACUACGACUUUUCACCCCCGAUACCUGCUGAUAGGCACAAGCAUCUCUUCGAAGACGUGGUUGUUCCGAGAACGCCCAAUUUUAAUCCCGAUGAGCCCAGCAGUGUUGCGUGGAUCUCGCAGCUCCCGAAACAAAACCAGACGAAUAUCGAUUUCAAUGAUUUGUUCUAUCGAAAUCGCCUCCGCGCACUUCAGUCGGUGGACGAAAUGAUUGAUGAGCUCUUUACCCGCCUGGCCGCGUACGACAUCCUCGACAAUACCUAUGUUUUCUACUCCAGCGACAAUGGGUUCCACAUCGGCCAACACCGACUUCAACCCGGCAAAGUAUGUGGCUUCGAGGAAGACAUCAACAUUCCGCUGAUCGUGCGGGGCCCUGGUGUUCCCGAAGGACUGGUGAGUGAUGUUGUGACUUCACACACCGACCUGGCACCUACCUUCCUCUCGCUGGCUGGCGGAGAUCUGAAGCCUGACUUUGACGGUGCUGCCAUUCCGCUCACAUCAUCUUCCCUCUCCCAUGCACGGAACAAACGACACGAACAUGUCCAAGUCGAGUUUUGGGGCAUAUCCAUGGCGGAAGGCAAGUAUGGGCAUGAGAUAUUUGACAACCACACAUACAAAGCACUGAGGUUGAUGGGGCGGGGUUACGACCUCUACUACAGCGUGUGGUGCACGGGAGAACAUGAGCUUUAUGACAUGAACAUUGACCCUUACCAAAUCCAUAAUUUGUACUCCUCGAAUCAGUCGUCUCUUUUCCGGUUUGGUCUCGCGGACGAUUUUGAGCAAACCAAGUCCAUCGAAUUAUACCAUCUUUUGCCUCGCUUGGACACGCUCUUGGUGGUACUCAAGACAUGCAAAGCCCGAGCAUGCACGCAUCCAUGGGAAGUGUUGCAUCCCGCUGGCGACGUGAACGAUCUCCACGAUGCGCUCAAUCCACGAUUCGACCACUUUUACGAGAUGCACCAAGAAAGAGUAUACUUCACCAAAUGUGAAAAGGGGUUUAUCCCUGGUAGCGAAGGACCCACUGACUUCAACACUUUUCCGAUCGAGGGCUUUGGUUUCCGAGGAGGUAACAUGUGGAGCGAAUUUGUGUAG